AUGACACAUGAGCUCAACAUGAACCAAGGCAAGGAAGAAGAGGUAAAGAAGAAGAAAAGUAUAGCACUCAAGGCCGCCCCCAUCCAUGAAGAAGAAAGUGAAUCUGAAGAAGAUUCAAAAGAUGAUAAGGAGAUGGUCAUGUUAGCAAGAAGGUUCAAGAAAUUUAUGAGGAGAAAAAAGAAAUUUGAACCAAAGAAGAGAUAUAAUAAGGGAGCAGGUAGCAAAGAGAAAGAGAAGAAAAAAGAGAAAGAACAACCACCUCUUUGCUAUGAGUGCAAGAAGUCCGGACAUUUCUGGAUGGAUUGUCCAUUUUUGAAGAAAAGCUCCAAGAAGCCUAAGAAGAAAGCAUUGAAGGCAGCAUGGAGCAAUGGUGAGGAUUCUUCUUCAAGUGAAGAAGAAUUUUCAAGAGAAGAAAAGAUAAAUCUUUAUUUUAUGGCUCUAAAGGAUGAGGUAAGUGACGAUGACCAAAUUUUUGAAUUUACUUUUGAAGAACUUUAUGAUGCAUUUAAUGAUUUACUUGGUGAUUACAAGAAAUUAUCUCAUAAGAAUAAGGAACUUAAGAAAGAUAAUCAAUCCUUGAGCAAAGACAAGGCUAAAGUAGGAAAUGACUUAAAAGAAUUAUAA